ACCCCCACCCUUCUCCCCCCCCCCCCCCCCAACAACUCGUCUCUCUUUCUUUCUCUCUCAAAUGAUCAGAAGAGGUGGGUGAUCACUCCACAUGUGUGUUCAUACAAUAAUCUGAAAAACUGCAGCUUUUCUCCCUUUGGUGUUUCUCUGUGCUGUAAUAUAAUCACUUUCCAUCUCUUCUUUUAUUUUCUUUUCUUUAAUUCCCUUCUUUUCUGGCUUUCUUGUUUUCACUCCCACCCCUCUCUUCUGGGUCCCCAAGAAAACUUGAACGAUGAAGUCUACUCUUCCCCUUCUCUCCCUCUCGCUUCUCUUGCUCACGGCUGCUGUCACAGCUCAGAUGCCAGGUUUUGUGAGUUUAGAUUGUGGUGGCACGGGAAAUUUCACUGACGAGCUUGGCCUCAAGUGGACCCCUGAUGAUCAGCUUAAGUAUGGGCAAAGCACUCAUAUAUCUGUAGCAAAUGAGACAAGGAAGCAAUAUCAGACUCUGAGAUCCUUCCCUGCAGAUAAUAGGAAAUAUUGUUACACUCUCAAAGUCAUGAGUAGAACUAGGUACCUUAUAAGAGCGACCUUCUUGUAUGGUAACUUUGACAAAAGCAAUGUUUACCCAAAGUUUGACAUCUCCCUGGGGGCAACUCAUUGGGCUACAAUUGUUAUUUCUGAUGCCAAUACGAUAGAGGUCCAGGAGUUGAUAUUUCUGGCUUUAGAUCCUACUGUAAGUGUUUGUUUAUCCAAUGCUCCAACAGGGCAGCCAUUUAUUUCUACCCUUGAACUCCGACAAUUCAAUGGUUCAGUAUACAUGACCCAGUAUGAAAAUCAGUACUACCUCAGCUUGUCGGCAAGAAUAAAUUUUGGUGCAGAUAGUGAGGCUCCUGUCAGGUAUCCUGAUGAUCCAUUUGAUAGAAUAUGGGAAUCUGACUCUCUCAAGAAAGCAAAUUACCUUGUUGACGUUGCCGCUGGAACUGAAAAAGUAUCAACCCAGAUGCCAAUAGAUAUAGGCAAUAGUGAAAGGCCACCCCAGAAAGUGAUGCAGACGGCCGUAGUUGGUAGAAGUGGAUCGCUAACAUACCGCUUGAAUCUGGAUGGUUUUCCAGGUUCUGGCUGGGCAUUUACCUACUUUGCUGAAAUUGAAGAUUUGGGUCCAACUGAUAGAAGAAAAUUUAGGCUGGUACUACCAGAUAUGCCUGAUGUUAGCAAACCUGUUGUUAAUAUUGAAGAAAAUGCUCAUGGAAAAUAUCGCUUGUACGAGCCUGGAUACGUCAAUAUUUCUCUCCCAUUUGUUUUAUCUUUUAGAUUUGGGAAAACAUCUGAUUCUUCCAUGGGGCCUCUCCUGAAUGCAAUGGAGAUUAAUAAGUAUCUCAAGAAAACUGAUGGUUCUGCAGACGUAUCGAUAGUUUCUAGUGUAAUCGCACUAUAUCCAUCAGCAGAUUGGGCACAAGAAGGUGGUGAUCCAUGCCUGCCUGUCCCAUGGUCCUGGCUUCAGUGUAGCUCAGAUCCUCAACCCAAGAUAAUUAAAAUUAAAUUGUCUGCAAAGAAUUUGACGGGCGGUAUCCCUUUGGACUUGACAAGGUUCACUGGCUUAGCUGAGCUGUGGCUCGAUGGGAAUUCACUGACUGGUUCAAUACCUGAUUUUUCUGGAUGCACGGACUUGAAGAUCAUACAUCUAGAGAACAACCAGUUGACUGGGGAGCUGCCUUCCUCGUUGGUGAAACUGCCAAAUCUGAGAGAACUGUAUGUGCAAAAUAACAAGUUAUCUGGAAAAGUGCCAUCGGAUCUUCUGAAUAAGAAUAUUGUUUUGAACUACACUGGGAAUAUUGAUCUUCAUAAAGGGGCUGGGAGAGGGGGCCACGAUAAAAUUAUUAUUGGAUCAUCAAUUGGGGCUGCUGUUCUGCUUAUAGCUACUAUUGCCUCCUGUCUGUUGAUGUACAAAGGAAAGAAGUACAAUAAGCAAGACCAGUUUGAACGAACUGGGCCUGCUCCUAGCUUAGGUUCAUCUCUGGGUGGUGUUGCCAAAGAAGCUGCCCAUUGCUUCACAUUAUCUGAAAUUGAAGAUGCCACCAAGAAGUUUCAGAGAAAAGUUGGCUCAGGAGGCUUUGGUGCUGUAUAUCAUGGAACCUUGAAAGAUGGAAGGGAGAUAGCAGUCAAAGUUUUGAACAGUAAUUCCUACCAGGGGAAGCGAGAAUUUACAAAUGAGGUGACUCUUCUUUCAAGGAUACAUCACAGGAACCUGGUACAAUUUCUCGGUUACUGCCAAGAAGAAGGGAAAAGUAUGCUUGUUUACGAAUUUAUGCACAAUGGAACCCUCAAAGAGCAUCUCCACGGACGACAAAGCAUCAAUUGGAUCAAACGCCUUGAGAUUGCUGAAGAUGCCGCAAAAGGGAUCGAGUACCUACAUACAGGCUGUACACCAUCUAUCAUCCAUCGAGACUUGAAAACCACCAAUAUCCUUUUGGACAAAAACAUGCGUGCAAAGGUUUCAGAUUUUGGUCUCUCAAAAUUUGCUGUGGAGGGAGCUUCCCAUGUCUCAAGCAUAGUUCGAGGCACCGUUGGGUAUCUAGAUCCUGAGUAUUAUAUCUGUCAACAGUUAACCGAGAAGAGUGAUGUUUAUAGUUUCGGUGUCAUCCUUCUUGAGCUGAUAUCGGGUCACGACGCAAUAUCUAAUGAAAGCUUUGGGUCAGACUGCCGCAACAUAGUCCAAUGGGCAAAACUCCACAUUGAAAGCGGAGACAUCGCCGGAAUCAUUGAUACAUCGCUGGACGGCGAGUGUGACCUCCAAUCGAUGUGGAAGAUAGCCGAGAAAGCUCUGCUCUGCGUCCAGCCCCAUGGAAACGCAAGGCCAUCAAUGCCAGAAGUUUUAAAAGACAUUCAGGAUGCCAUUUCAAUGGAGAAGGAAGCAGAUAAGUUAAGAAGGGGCAACUCGGAUGAGAUCUCGAGGAACUCUGGUCAGUCGCUGUCCCUGAACAUGGAACUAGGCGAGAGCCAGCAUUACGUGGCGAUGGAUGAAUCGAUCGCGCAGCCGACUGCACGGUAGUGUCAGGCUUGUUCAUAAACCUGCGCAUUUUUCUUGAUUCAUACUAUUCUUUGCAGCUAGGAGUUGCUUGAUUUUGGCUGUGGAUCUUCACCUAAUUGUGCAGACUGUCACUCUGUGUUGUGAGUUGAACUUCAGUAUUGAGUCCUCAAUGUUCAAAGGAAAUCUUCUCAUCACCAACCAGUUUUAAGCUCAGAUAAGAAGGGUUACUUUAAAUAGUCUAUACUUUGUGUAAUAUCGAAAGAGUUAAAAUUUAUAUAACCCACUUCAUCGAGUGGAAUCGAUGCUUGUGAUGAGAAUGAUUUAUAGUUAUUGAUAAUGAAUUGCUUGAUGUGGUCGCUUAGUA